CAUCGAGAGCUUAAACCCAAGAUUCUUGUACCUUUGACGGCGUCGCCAUGUGAUGAUUGCACUGUGUUACUUCUUUAUGCUUCCCUUGUUUGUGCAUAAGAGUAGGAAGCCGAUAAUUAUUGUCGCUGCUCUGUUAAUACGCCGUUUCUUUUCAAUUGACACGUGCUCUCUAUUUAGCGCGGAUUUAGCUGUCUGUCUCGAGCGGGCCUGAGCGCUAAAAUUGAUCACCCACAACAAAACGCCUACACACAUCGGUAAGUAUAACACAAAUGGCAUGAAUGCUUCUUGGCACAGCAGCACCAAAUGGAGGGAAAAUCGGAACUACCUGACAGAAACUCAGGUUAUGCGGAUAUCACCUAUUGGAAUACGCGUUACAGACUCGAGGAUACUUACGACUGGCUCCUUUCUUACGAAUCCUAUUCUCAUCUGUUGAAACAGCAUGUCAAGAAGUCAGACCGGAUAAUGAUGCUUGGAUGUGGUAACAGCUUGCUAAGUGAACUCAUGUACAAAGAUGGAUAUAAGGAUGUGGAGAACAUUGACUACUCUGAAGUGGUCAUCAAGAAAAUGGCUCUGCACUGUGACACGUGUGCAUCGAUGAAGUGGCACAUCAUGGAUGCUACAAACCUGCUCUUUGAGGAUGGCAGAUUUGACGUGGUCAUCGAGAAAGCGACGAUUGAUGCCCUGUUGGUUAAUGAGAAAGACCCUUGGAAUGUGUCAGAGAGCGCAAAAACGCUUGUUCACACUGUUCUGACGGAGGUGAGCAGGGUACUACGCCACGGGGGACGCUUCAUCUCCAUCACGUUCGCCCAGCCUCACUUUCGUGGCCCUAUGUACAUCAGCCAAGUGCUGAACUGGUCCCUACAGACGUUCAACUUCGGAACAACUUUCCACUAUUUCUUCUACCUCAUGAAGAAAGGGGAGACAGCUGAAGACGAUGUUUUUCCUGCCUAUCAGUUGCCUGUUCUACGGCCGAGGGACACAUCACUCCGGACUAGCACUUGCAGUGAACCGGAGACUGUGGACUUCCUUUUUAAGAUAGUGGAUUCCUGACACCGCAUCAUCGAGGGAAAAACACAUUUCAAUGUUUUAUCGAGUAAUUUUAUCGCUUUUAAUACUGUUUCCCAUAGAACAAGGCCUCUUCACGAGAGGAAUAAGGGUUCUUCAAAGGUUCUAACUUGCUUGUGCAGUCAUGUCUGUGAACAUCAGAGCAAAAUAUAAGUCCAGGCUGUCAACCAGAGUAGCAAGCCAGCUUGUCUAGGCUGACCUCUCCUAAAAUUUCCCAUAAUGAAAUCAAGAAAGUACGUACCUGUGGGAGCAUCAGAGUUGAAUGAACCAGAGGUCUAGACACGUUUCAUAAACAAGAAGUCUUGCUCGUGAAGAACGACAGAAGUGUCAAGAAAAUGUAAGCUUCACAAGCUACUUUUUGUAAUUCUGAUAAGUGGAUGCAUGUAACACACAAAUGAAACAGAUUUGAAAAUUGGUUAUCAAAUAUUUUGAAAGAAAUUUAAUCGGACACAUUGGUCAAGAAGGUUGUGGGGUCAAGUGGACAGUGAAACAAACAUGUCCUAGGUGAAGCAUGUGAUGUAAGGUGCUAUUUUAAGAAUGAAGAUACAGACUGUUCACUGUCAUUGAGCGGCGUGUUAGCUGUGCCAAUUGCCUCAUACUUACGUUCAGCAUAAAAAAGAGGUCUCUGGUACUGAACAUGUACUACUUCAGGAUAUUUUCAUGUAACAGCGCAUAUAUGGAUACGCAAACUACCAAAGUUGUCACACUUAUCUAGGGCAAAUGCUGUAUUUUAGAAGCCAUUAUUUUUGCAUUUUUGUGUUAAUCUUGCACUAUAAGUGACUUACAAGAGGCACGAAAGGUACUGUUCAACAGGGUUCCACGUCUUAGGUUCAAAUGAAAGUCCUGUCAGGUUGUACAGAUAAACUGUCGAACUGUUAGGUUUUAAUGAAAAGAAUGCUGAUUGUUUGUACAAAUGAUAUCCAAUAUAUAUUUAUAUAAAACAGAUGACACAUU